GUGCGCGAGCGCGUGCCCAGUGCUGCUCAGAUGCGCGCUCAUCUCCACCACCAUCAUCAUCUCCUCCAUCAUCCUCAUCCUCAUCAUGUCUGUGGUGGAUCCGACAGUCCUGCACGGCGUCUGGGGCAGCAGCGCGCCCGCGGGAAUGGAGAAGCCGAAGAACAAGGGCUUCAGCCUGGCCAGGAUGAUGACUCUGAACUACAGGAAGGAGAAGGAGAAGGAGAACCAGAACCAGAACCAGCACCACAACAACAACAUGCCCUUCAUGAUCCACUGCCACAUCGGCAAGGAGAUCAAGCACAUAUGCAGCAACUGCAGCCGCGGCAGCCACGCGCGUCAGGACGCAGAAGAGGUGGAGAAGCUGUCCUCCAUGCGCUCCGAGUCUCUGGUGCCGCCCGGCCACUGCCGGAGCAAGUUCUCCACGCUGGGACGCCUCUUCAAGCCCUGGAAGUGGAGGAAGAACAAGAGCGAGACCUUCAAGCAGAGGUCCACAGCGCUGGAGAGGAAGAUGUGUGCGCGCCAGAGCCGGGACGAGCUGAUCCAGAGAGGCGUGCUGAAGGAGAUCUUCCAGAAAGACUCCAGGGUCCCGGGACUGAAGCAGAGCAAUCCCUCAGGAGCAGACUGUGAGCGCACAGCAGACGUCCCAGACCGGCAGAGGACCGUGGACUUCCGGUCGUCUCUGGAUGGAGGAGUCUGUGCUCAGGACAACACACUCAAGUCUCUAACGCUUCCUCCCAAAAAAAACCUCACCUUCCAUGGUGACCUUCAGGAACCCCCCGCCAAACCUCAGCUCAUCCACAAACAGCCCCCCGCCCUGCCGCCCAAACCCUUCUCCAGACUAACCAAUCACAGCACAGACCCGUGUCUGCAGGGCAAGCCGUCUCCUCCUCUUCCUCCGCAGAAGCUGCUGAUGUACUCCUCCUCCUCCUCCUCCUCCUCCUCGUUCGGGCCGUACGGGCACCCGCUGCAGUACGGCUCCGCCCACCCGUCCAGCCGCAUCAUCGACGAGCUGCAGAAGACGCUGGCGCUCGCCCUGCAGAGACUGGAGAGCUCUGCGCUCCACACGGGUCAGUACGGCUCUCCUCUGCCCUCGGGUCUGAUCGACUGUGACGACGAUAAAGAGAACAUCCCCAGCGAGUCGGACUAUGAGGACCUGCCCAGCAUGUACAAGGAUGAAGAGCCGGACGAGGACGAGGAGGAGGACGACGACGCUCUCUUCACGAGCACGCUGGCGCUGAAGAUCUUGAGGAAGGACUCUCUGGCAGUGAAGCUCAGUAACAGGCCGUCUCAGAGAGAACUGCAGGAGAAGAACAUCUUACCUGUGCAGACGGACGAGGAGCGCCUGCAGUCCAGACAGCUCAUCGGCACCAAACUCACACGGAGACUGAGCCAGAGACCCACGGCUGAAGAGCUGGAGCAGAGGAACAUCCUCAAACCUCGUAAUGAGCAGGAGCAGAUGGAGGAGAAGAGAGAGAUCCGACGCCGACUCUCACGCAAGCUGAGUCAGAGGCCCACGGUGGAGGAGUUACGGCGAGCCAAGAUCCUCAUCCGCUUCAAUGAUUACGUGGAGGUGUCGGACGCUCAGGAUUACGACCGGCGCACAGACAAGCCCUGGACGAGACUCACCACGGCCGACAAGGCCGCCAUCAGGAAAGAGCUGAAUGAUUUCAAGAGCAAUGAGAUGGAGGUGCACGAGUCCAGCCGGCAUCUGACCAGGUUUCACCGGCCGUAGAGACGAGCGACGAUGAUGAUGAUGAUGAUGAUGACUCUUCACUGAUUCUCAG